AUGCAGGCUUCCUCGACGGCUGACUGCGUUGCCACAUUCAAGCUUGUUCUUGUUGGUGAUGGUGGUACGGGUAAGACAACUUUUGUGAAACGUCACUUAACGGGUGAGUUCGAGAAGCGGUACGUCGCGACGGUCGGUGUUGAUGUCCAUCCGCUCACUUUCCACACCAAUCGGGGGAAGAUUUGCUUCAACUGCUGGGACACUGCUGGUCAGGAGAAGUUUGGUGGUCUGCGUGACGGCUACUAUAUUGAGGGCCAAUGUGCCAUCAUUAUGUUUGAUGUCACAAGCCGCAAUACGUAUAAGAAUGUACCCAACUGGCACCGUGACAUCACGCGCGUGUGCGACAACAUUCCAAUUGUCCUGGUAGGUAACAAAGUAGACUGUGCAGAGCGCCAGGUGAAAGCGAAGAUGAUUACGUUCCACCGCAAGAAGGGACUUCAAUACUACGAUAUCUCGGCCAAAUCUAACUACAACUUCGAAAAGCCGUUCCUGUGGCUCGCAAAGAAGCUUGCGAAUGAUCCCAACCUCACUCUUGUGGAGGCACCGAUGCUCGACCCCAACGUGCAGCCGCUCACUGCUGAACAGUUGCAGGCACUUCAGGAGGAGGCCCGCGCAGUGGAAAAUGUUGUACUGCCGAUGGGCGAGGACGACUAG